UAAAUUUAUUAACAAAUCAAAUAAAACAAAAUAAAUCGGUGAUCAUAGAUUUUGAUGCACAAAUGAGUGCUUCAAAGAUUGUUUCUUUGUUACUAUUGCUUGUAUUAAUCAAUAUAAGCAGUAAUGAUAUCAAUGGCGUCAAUGCAUUUCACAAAGUUAUCAAGAAAAUGCAAUCUAAAUCAACAUCGUUAGAGGUAGUGAGCCAUCUUCACAGAACCGGGUUUCACUUUCAACCUCCACGCCAUUGGAUUAACGAUCCAAAUGGUCCGAUGGUGUACAAGGGAGUCUACCAUCUUUUCUACCAAUACAAUCCCAAAGGUGCGGUUUGGGGUAACAUUGUGUGGGCUCAUUCAGUUUCUAACGACUUGAUCAAUUGGGAAGCUCUUGAACCGGCUAUUUACCCCUCCAAAUGGUUUGAUAUCAAUGGUACAUGGUCCGGUUCAGCCACCAACGUACCGGGAAAAGGACCGGUUAUCCUCUACACUGGUAUCACUGAGAACCAUACUCAGAUCCAAAACUAUGCCAUUCCCCAAGACCUUUCCGACCCAUACCUCAAGAAAUGGAUCAAGCCCGACGAUAACCCUAUCGUAAGACCCGACCAUGGCGAGAAUGGAUCCGCUUUCCGUGACCCGACAACUGCUUGGUUCAACAAAAAAGAUGGGUACUGGAGAAUGCUUGUGGGCUCAAAGAACAAGCGUAGAGGAAUUGCUUAUAUGUACAAAAGUCGUGACUUCAAGAAAUGGGUCAAAACUAGACGUCCCGUACACACUAGAAAAGCAACCGGUAUGUGGGAAUGUCCCGACUUUUUCCCGGUUUCCAUUGGCAAGAAAACCGGUUUAGACACCAGCUAUGACGGUCCAAACACCAAGCAUGUGUUGAAGGUUAGCUUGGACCUGACCAGGUACGAGUACUACACUCUUGGAACGUAUGAUACUAAGAAGGAUCGUUACAAGCCUGAUGGUACCAGUCCUGAUGGUUGGGAUGGUUUGAGACUAGAUUAUGGUAACUUCUAUGCGUCAAAGACAUUCUUUGAUGAAACGAAGAACAGAAGAAUCCUUUGGGGUUGGGCUAAUGAAUCUGAUAGUGCUGUGGAAGAUACCUUGAAGGGUUGGGCCGGUGUUCAGCUUAUCCCAAGAACGGUCUUGCUUCACUCUAGUGGUAAGCAACUCGUGUUUUGGCCUAUUGAAGAAAUUGAGUCGUUGAGAGGAAAGAAUGUUCAAAUGAACAACCAGAAAAUAGAAAUGGGUCAACGCUUUGAGGUUCAAGGGAUCACCCCGGCCCAGGUUGAUGUGGAUGUGACAUUCAACGUUGGAAGUCUAGACAAGGCAGAAACAUUUGACGCGAGUUUUGCAACAAAACCACUAGAUUUAUGUAAUUUGAAGGGUUCAAAUGUGACUGGUGGGGUUGGACCUUUUGGUCUGAUCACCUUGGCUACAUCUGACCUACAAGAAUACACUCCCGUCUUCUUCAGAGUCUUCAAAGAUGCCACAACCAACAAGCCUAAGGUCCUCAUGUGCUCUGAUGCCAAGCCUUCAACUCUCAAAGGAGACACCGGCACUGACUCCACGGAGAAGAUGUACAAACCCUCGUUUGCUGGUUUUGUCGAUGUUGAUCUCGCCGACGGAAAGAUAUCUCUAAGGAGUUUGAUUGAUCACUCGGUCGUGGAAAGCUUUGGAGCAAAAGGAAAGACAGUGAUAACAUCUCGAGUGUAUCCUACCAAAGCUGUAGGUGAAAACGCUCAUUUGUUUGUCUUCAACAAUGGGUCACAGCCUGUGACUGUUGAGAGCCUCAACGCAUGGAACAUGCAGAAGCCCGAGAAAAUGAACCAAGGAGCUAAAUGAUCAC